UUGUUCCCUUUUUACCCUACUUUUAGAGAGACGCGUAAGCAACAGACUUGCCUAAAUAGUUCCAGCAAUUCUGAGACCUCUCAGAGUCCUUCAUGUCAAGAAGCCAAAUUAGAAAUCCUUCGAUUGCGCGCCCUCGACUCCCUCUUGGUUUGUCUCAUUGACUCUCUGCCCAGAUUAGCCAGUCUUGCGUCUUCCAAAGUAGUCGCGCCAGUCGUAGUCACUAAUGGAGACCCGAUCAGCUGUAGCCCUUCUUCCAUGCUAUCUCAGACUCAAUUGGCUUCACCGUCUAGUAAAUCUGAUCGGGGUCGUCGCUUCUUACGCCGAAGCCAACGCCAAAAUCAGCGUCGUCUUUCGAAUGACCCUGAAUUAAGGCAGUUAGCGCCAUCGAUCACUGGUACAAACUGUCCAUCGGAGGAUUCACCUUUGCAUGAUUUGACCACCCCACUUGUCAGCCACCUGAUUGCGUAA